GAAUUCAUCACAGCAUUGACUGUUGAUCAAAAGGGCAAAGUUCUACUGGAACUUUUGACCAAUGGAAAGGGUAGUCUAGAUUACGCCAAAAAUAUAGUGGAAUUCGGCGGAGUCCCCCCUGAAAUCCCAGAUAUAAGGCCACUGCCUACUGAUGAAGAAAACAAGUGUUGUGGUAAAAUCAGGUGUCUAACAUCAUAUGUAACAUUCAGAAACACCUGUACAGACAGAGAGGCUUUAGUCAUGGCCAUCAGAUCAAGGUGUGACAUUAGGGCUGAAGAACCAGAUUACUCAACAAACAGCUACAGAAAGGCUGCAUAUCGCCAGUACAUUCUCUGGCGAUACGAAAAACUGGGAAAGGGUAAUAGAAAGGUGUGUCCAUCAUGUGUAGUCUUGGCAAUCAGACUCAUAUAUCCUGCAAAUUAUGGGGUAUACAUGGGCUUAAAGAGAGCUUGA